CUUUCUCUCUUUGGCCAGCUCAUUUCGCUUCCCUCGCACCAAAACCCAACCCCUCUUUCUCUCUCCUUCUCCAAUCAAACUCCAACACGCACACACAACUACAACUCUACAACAACACCACCAACAACAAACUUAUUUCACUUUCUCUUUCUAUCUUUCUAUUACUCUUUCAACGUUUUCUCCACCAGAUCUCUCGGAGUAACUUAAUAAGAUGCGUGUUUUUUAAGUCUUCUUAUUUACCAUUAAUUUUGGUUCUUUGUUUUUUGGGUUUUUCCUUUUAUACCCAAAAAAGCAAUCUUUAUUCAACAUUGCCCAUAUCUUGAUUCUUUCCUUUGAUUUGUCGAGUGGGUUUUUCCGUGUUGCUCAUUAUUAUUAUUUUUUAUAUAUAUACAAUAAAUAAGUCCAUUAUUAACAGAGUGGAGAGAGAUUGAGUUUGUGCGUGAAAAAAUGGCUAAUGGGGUGGAGAAAGAGAGUGGCUUGAUGAUGUUUAGCGACGAGGAGUUGAGAGAGGUAAGUGGGGUUAAGAGAGGUGGAGAUUAUAUCGAAGUUAUUUGUGGGUGUACCAGCCAUAGAUAUGGAGACGCUGUUGGCAGACUUAGGGUUUUCUCUAAUGGUGACCUAGAAAUCACCUGUGAAUGCACCCCAGGUUGCAAUGAAGACAAGUUGACUCCAGCUGCAUUUGAGAAGCAUUCUGGAAGAGAGACAGCUAGAAAAUGGAAGAACAAUGUUUGGGUCAUAGUUAAUGGGGAGAAGGUUUCAUUGUCAAAGACAGUCUUGCUCAAGUACUACAACCAAGCAUCAAAAAGUGGAAAUGGAUCCCACAGAUCCCAUAAUGGACGAGUUUGUCAUCGUGAUGAAUUUGUUCGUUGUACUAGGUGUAACAAGGAGCGUAGGUUUCGAUUGCGGACCAAAGAGGAAUGUCUGAUUCACCAUAAUGCUUUAGCGGAUAAGAACUGGAAGUGUGCUGAUCUGCCCUAUGACAAGAUAACUUGUGAAGAUGAAGAAGAACGAGCAAGUCGCAGAGUGUACAGGGGAUGUACUCGAUCGCCAACUUGUAAGGGUUGCACUUCCUGUGUUUGCUUUGGUUGUGACAUAUGUCGUUUCUCUGACUGCAGCUGCCAGACUUGCAUCGACUUUACAAGGAAUGCUAAAACUUGAGCAAAUCCCCUUUUAGGGCUGGUAUUCCUCCUUUUUUGGGUGGGUUAUUUAUGACCAAUUAUUGUUUCAUGAAAGCCCCAUCCCCACAUUUAAAAGAAGCCUUCGGUUGUUCCCUUCCUUAUGUUUGACUUUAAUUUUCCAGUCUCUGGG